AGGACCUGUGGCAUUGGCAUUGGGACCCUCGACAGGAGGAGGAAGAGAGAGGCUCCCGUUGCCGGCCAUGCAGUACCAGCCGCCGCUGUUCGCGCCCAGCCCUCUGCUGCAGGCGCCGCACCCGACGCCCUUCUACAUCGAGGACAUCCUGGGCCGAGGCGCGCCCCCGAUCCCUCCGCCUCUCCCUCCUCCUCCUCCGCCGCCCCCCACGCUGCCCUCGCCCAACUCCUCCUUCACCAGCCUGGUGGCCUCCUACCGCACCCCCAUCUACGAGCCCACGCCGAUCCACGCCGCCUUCGCCCACCCCAUGGCCGCCGCCCACUACGGGGCCCCCGGGGCCUAUGGAGCCGGGCCCUUGUAUCCCUUCCCGCGGCCCGACUACGCGCAUGCGCUCAUCCGCCACGACCCCCUCGGGAAGCCACUGCUCUGGGGCUCCUUCAUGCAGAGGCCGCUGCACAAGCGGAAGGGCGGCCAAGUGCGCUUUUCCAACGACCAGACCGUGGAGCUGGAGAAGAAGUUUGAGACACAGAAGUACCUCUCGCCUCCGGAGAGGAAGCGCCUGGCCAAGAUGCUGCAGCUCAGCGAGAGGCAGGUUAAAACUUGGUUUCAGAACCGUCGGGCUAAAUGGAGGCGCCUAAAGCAGGAGAAUCCUCAGGCCAGCAAAAAAGAAGAGUCUGGGAAUGAGGACAACCACCCUAGUCCCACGCCAGAAGGCUGUUUGAGUUCUGAACUUGAAAAAGAAGCUUCCCCGGGUCAGCUGCAGUAUAUCCUCUCCCCUACCUCUCAAGAAGAGCUUGACUCUGAAGUCUCAGAUGACUCUGAACAAGAGGUGGACAUUGAAGGUGACAAGGGGUAUUUGAACGGUCCACAUCAGUAGCCUCUUUUCCCUUGAACUUUGAGAACGGAUGUUCCUUUGGCUUGAUUUUAAGAAGAGCUGGUUUGACAAAGCAACCUAUUUGCUGCAUAAAGAAAGAUCUUUCCAUCAGAGGGGGAAUGAGACAAGCACACAGUGGCGUUGGUCUAAUAUCCAUUGUUCGGGCUAGACUAUCAAUUGCUAUAUGGAAUAAAUCCGUUUAUUGACUGGUGAUUGAUGCUUACUGUGGCUGGUGGAGCAGAGGACAUGGUCAUCAAGCCAACUACACCUCUUUUGCUCCUCAACUUGCUCUUUUUCCAGGUCUAAUGACACUUCUUCUUCCUGCUGGUUGAGACCAAAUGGACGGUUCCCCUCUUUACAGACAGUUUGACUACACUUGCUUUUAUGAACGAAAGAAAACUGUUGCUGUUUGUCUAGUUGCUGAGAGAUCUUUUUCCCAUUCUGCUGGGAAUAUCCUCCAUCUUCCUCCAUGAAUUGAAGAUCUUUUGUCCAGCCAAGGAAGGAAAAAUAUCACAGCAAAAUGACAUUGAACCUUUUGGUUUCCUGAGUUGAAUAUUCACCACUGGGAUGGAACUGUUUGCAAGAUGUCCUAAGUGUGGUGGAGUUCAUAAGGGAAGCAGAGGUUGUGCAGGCAGUCUUCUUUGUGAGAGUGCGAGUGGAGUUUAGUAGAUCCCAUCAAGAUUGACAAUGAUGUAUGUAUAACUAGAAUGUACCAUGAAACAUGGGCACUGGGCAUAUGUCGGGAUCUUUAAAAAUGGUCUUGAAUUUUAUCUUAAUUUUAUUAGGAAUCAUAGAAUGGUGAAGAAGGCAAUUGUAUUUUUGUCCGCCAUAUUUUCUACAGGAGGAGUGGGCUAACGUAAGGGUCUUCUUUCCUUCCAUAAGCAGAUGCAUCACAGAUUUGGGAUUUAGAGUGAUGGGAAGAGUUAUGCAACACAUCUGGGGGGCCUCAAAGUUGAGGAAGGAUGCCAUAUGUACAUGUUUAUUGGAACCUCUGUGAUGCGUUGACAUAUUUUAAAUGUAACAGACAAAAAUGGAAUAAUUUAAGAUCAAUGAUGUAGCAUAUGUUUUUCUCAUUUACACCAGUGAGUUAUUUUUGAGUCAUUUUUUUUAAAGGAAAGACAUCAUCAAUUAUUAUUUUAUUUAUUUUUCCGGUAUUUCUAUCCCAUCACUUCUCUACCCCCGAGGAAGGACUCAGGACGGCUUACAAUAUGCACCGAUAUGAUGCCGAUACAUGACAAUCACCAUAAUGCAACCACAAUUGGACAUAAGUCAUAAUUAAAACAGUAUAUAAGCAAAAAUUAAAACAGUGAAAAAGCAGUAAAAACAGUCUCAUUAGCUGUGUUGCCGUUCCAGUCAAUGUCCAUCUAAAUUGCUACUUAUGUCUGCUGACCAAAAGUCUGGUCCCAAAACCACGAUUUUAAUUUCUUCCUAAAUGCCAGGAGGGAAGAAGCCGAUCUUAUUUCAUUUAGGAGUGUGUUCCAUAGGUGGGGGCCACAGCUGAGAAGGCCCUUUCUCUCGUCCCCAC